GGUUCUGGUGUUGGCACGAUGAAUGGUAGAUCUGAUGCCUCCACCUCCACUGAUGAUGUUUUAAAGGGCCGACCGCUGUGCCUGUUCUACUUCUCGCAGCCGCUCGGCGUGGUGGCUGCCGAGCCACCGCGCGCCGCGCCCUAUCCGCCCUACCAGCCCUACCAGCCCUACCAGCCCUACCAGCCCUACCAGCCCUAUCAACCCUAUCAGCCCUACUCGCCCUCCCCGAGCUUCCAAUACUCUCCUCCCGGGCAAGCCAACAUGGCGCCCACGUGGGACUCACUCUGGGCCCCAGCGUCACCGACACCAUCGGUUUACGUUUCUGGAUUCAGCGCUGAGCCGCGGCCCGAUUUAUCUUCGUCUCUCUUUUCAAAUGAUACCUGGUUCCCUUCAAGCGCGAGCUCUCGUGACUAUCCGCGCCGUAUGGUACCGUACCAUGCGUUACUACCACCGCUGCGUCUGCCAACGCCGCGCGCGCCGCCGCCGCUACGCGUUGUCCAACCCGAGCGUUUUUCGCUACCACCUAUCGAGCUACCUGUGUGUGAGCCUGAGGAGAACCAAGAGAUAACUCCAGCCGUGGAAUCGCUGGAUCCUAUAGAGAAGUGGGACGUGGUAGAAGAAGCGCCGAGUCUGUUGUCGCGGCGGACGCCGGCGCGAGUGUUAAAGCGUGCGCUUAGCGGCGGCGUGCAGAAGCCCCGGUUGCGUGUGCGCACCAGCGCUCUGCGACGCAGCCUCACGCAUCUUAUACAGAGGAGUAUCAAAGGCAGUUUCCUUGGCGGCAGCGAACGCGACUCCGCUUCAUCGUGCUGCGUGCGCGCUGCACUUCGAACACUGCGCGCCGCCUGGCCGACGCCCGCACCGCUACAAGAACGCUCGGACACCACACACGACUGUCAAAGGUAA